AUGGUAGGGGGAUUUGGCUGGUGGGGCCAAGGAUGGCAUAGAAGAUGCAUUUGUGACGACGGCGCUAAAAAGACAUAUGAAAGCGGAAGGUACAGCGUCAGCCCCUCUUUUCAAUUUCGUUCCUGUCGGCGUCGUUGGGCUUGAGGAUUAGGAAGGGCAACAAACUUAUUGAAUUUAGAAACAACUGAAGUGCUCCUUGCGGAUGAUCAGGAAGAUUGAUGGCGUCCUUUACGUUUACACUUUUUUAUGCAAUGAAACACAGCCACACAACGCCUCUACAUGCAGGUACCUACUGUUGCACCUAUCCGAGCUAUACCGCACUGGUGGGUCGAUUCUUUCUGUUUUUAAAAGAAAUGACGAGCGUAGGAUCCAACUGAGAUGGGUGGCAUUGGAGACGCAUGUAGUUGACAUGGGUAACAAGACUGGGACGGUGGACCUCAUUGAAGACGCCUGCCCAAUGCGUACACACUGGCGAUGGGUGGUACUUUUUGUUUUCCUGAGUUAUCAGCGAAGGGCUUACAUUGAGAAUAUUGAAAUCCCAAAGUCAUAGGUUUGUUUUUUUUAGAGUAAUACUUCAUAAAUUUGAUUUUGAUAUCAGUUAUCUCUGAGUGCCUGUGUCGUGAGACAUCUGUUCUGGUUCCAAAAUCAGGCAAUGCUUGCGUUGAUACUCGUUUCGUUGGAUGGUUGUGAAAAUGAAUGGUAUGCUGGCCAUAAGUUUGGACUGUACCAUCAUGAAAGGGCGCCGGGGAUGUGA